AUGCUCCGCCUAUCCAUUUCCGCCAUCUGCAUCGCCGCCCUAACAGCUCCAGCCUUAGCAAGCCAGCACGAUAUCUUCGGGAAGCGCGAGACGAUCGAAACCGGCUCCCCCCUCUACGAUUGCCACGAAGCAUGCGGCGAGGUCAUCCUGAUGGCCGAAGAGUCUAGCUAUUGCUCCAGCUCUAAUUACACCUCCGAUCUCAGCAGCUGUCUGAAAUGCGCCGAGACCUGCGGCAUUUGGCAGUACUACGGCACAGAGGUCAAGUCUGCUGCUGAAAAUUGUAGCGACUCGGCUACGCCUAGUUCGUCCUCUUCUGCGGGCUCUUGUGCGUCUACGACCGGCGCGGAGACGGCUACGAACGUGGCUGCUACCGCUACUUCGACUGCUGAGUCUGCUUCUGGUACUACCGUAUGUCGCGUUCUUUGA